UUAGCGUUCCUUUUAACUUGAGUGUGGCAAGAAGAAAAAAAUUUAAUAUUUGAAAGUUGUUGAAUUCAUUUGAUCAAGUUUUACUAUAAGAUAUAAUAGCUUUUGAAGCCUUAAAUAUUUAGCUAAACGGUGACAUUGAGUUGAAAUGGAUGAUGAUAUAUUAAUUGUCCCUAGCGGAUCACCAGCGACCUACUGUCGGCUGUGUUUUGCGGAAACCAAUCUAGAGCUGUUGCUGGUGCCCGAUGUACCAGUUCAGCCUAAUGCGAGGCUGCUGCAAAUGAUCCGUCGAUAUAUUGGUUUGUCAUUAAAUGAAUCUUCCAUUAAAUUAAAGUGCAGCAUAUGCGAAACAUGCCGGAUAAUGUUGGAAGAGUUUGAACGCUUCCGGAGCCGGUGUCUAAAAUGUGAUGUUAUUCUUUCGGAGAUGAAUAAUACCGAAGUUAUUGAUUUGAUUGUCGAUGAUGACGAAGAACAGGAUAGGAAUACCGAAGCAGUUAUAACAGAUAAUCCGGCGGAUGUUCCUGCUGUGAAUCCAGCUCGUUAUAAAUGUGCUUAUUGCCCAAAAGCAUACAAAAGUCGCAGCGGAAGAGUGAGUCACAUGAAAUGCCAUGCUGGAACUUCGUACUUCCAGUGCGAUAAGUGUUCGUGUAAGUUUUAUACCCGAAAUUGUCUGGAUAUUCAUAUGGAUCAAUACCAUAAGGCUCCGGCAGAAACAGCUAAACAAUUCCAAUGUUCAUUCUGCCCUCGUCUUUUUGCAUCCCCGCAUCACGCAAUGCUCCACAUGAAUAGUUUACACAAAUCUGCCGAACAGGACAAAGAUGGUCAACCUGUUCCAAAAAAGAAAAAAACUUCUGAUUCCUCUUCCAUACGCGAUGCCGGACUGGCCUUGUUUUUACCUUCAGCGAACUCCGUUGAUAACAAUACUAGCCCUGUACCACCAACUACAAUCGAUGAUGAUGAACCAGCAACUGAUAUCAAUCAUCCGUUGCCAGCAAUUGAAGCCAAUUCUGAUCUACCAAAGAACCAAACCAAGGAUCCGGGUACUAAACCGUAUCAGUGCAGUACUUGUUUCAAAAAGUUUCAUUUCAUCGGUUCAUUGAGGAGACAUGUCAUUGACAUGCAUAGGCGUAGACUGAUCCAAGCUGAAACCUCUAUGAACUCCCAGAUUUGUUCGGGUGUUGCUGGUAGUAAUCAAGAAGAUGGUCUGUUAUCGAACACUGUCCCAGCUAUGAUUGUUAUGGAAGCUCCGGCUGAUAUGGUCGAGGAGCAAUUUGCCCCAACAAUAGUAAUUGACGAAACUGGGGAAGUUACAGAUGAGCACAAAUUUUCGCACCCAAUAGAGCUGGACCCAACUCCAAUCGAAAAAGAAACCCAUGAUAAUAUUCCUAUGACUUGUUGCUACGUACAACUGGAACGCUUGGAUGAUAACCUAGUAGUUCCGGUUGAAAACGCUGAGAUUCCUCUGGGCAAAUUUUAUCACUCACUACAGAAGAAAUAUGCCGUAAUAUAUAAUGUUGAUGACGAUAUGGAUCAGGAGCUCAUUCAAAGCUACCCAUCCCUGCUGACGGGAAAUAAAACCCAAAUAAAUCCAAACAGUCAGUCGAAAGUGGUAUUUCAAUGCACUUUCUGUCCGAAGAGUUUUCCCAGUCGCAUGAGUGUCAAACGACAUGAGCUGCGUCACAAGAACCCUAGAGUCUUUAGCUGCCCGCAUUGUAACAAAGAGUUUGCAGACAAAAGCAGUCUCGACCGCCAUAAGGCAUACCAUACAAACGAGUUCCCGUAUAUGUGUGACAUAUGCCCAGUAGGAUUCGCUAGGAAAGGGUUACUAGAGCGUCACAAAGAGCGCUAUCACGGACCGGACGCUGAACCAGUCGAGGUUUACGUUUGUCCUCAAUGCCCUCGAACGUUUGUGAAAGUGAGUGUGCUCAAAGCUCAUGUCAACAGGGCUCAUGGGGCCACGGAAGGACCCGACAAUAUAGGCGACUUUCUAGAGGAAAACUUUUUUUAUUUGCGACCCUCCAACGAUCCUAGUACCUAUUGUCGUUUAUGCUUCGUACAAACGGUACACCGUUUCAUCCCGGGACCAGGAACUUUGUCGAAUAUAUGGAUCAAUUGCAUCAACCGAUGUAUCUCAGGCCUCUAUCUGGCUGUUGAGGUGGACACUCCUUUUGGACUUUGUUACGGCUGUUGUUGUUCGUUGGAGACGAUCGACCAGUUUUGCGCAACUAGUCUGAAAUGCGACCUGGCCCUUAGAAAGUACAGAAAUACAGUCCAGGGGUCUUCAAGUACAUCGGAACCAAUUUUGCCAACUUUAGUACCUUUUUUUUCGACUGCCUUGGCUGUUCCGGGACCGGUAGCAUCGACCAGUGGCAGCAGUAGUGUAGCAAAGGAAUCACAACCAAUAAUUGUCGAGGUUCGAGGAGGCUGCAAUGUUGCCGAUACCUUGCCUGGAACAUCGUCGUCGGAAGCGCAAGUAGCAACAAUCGAUAUAGACGAUGAUUCUUCUAGCUCCUUGUCGGUGAAUGUUGAACCGGGUAACAAUGCAGCGGUUCAUAAAUGCUACAGUUGUUUACUGAAAUUUUCUAAAAAGGAAGACUACUCCCGUCAUAGAAUCGAGGCACAUACGCAGAACAAUGGCAAGUAUUUGUGCUCCCGUUGCGAUGCAUGGGUCGGUCCUUAUGAAAUUUUCCAACUGCAUUGUUUAAAUCAUUUCAAACCGCAAAGGGGGAGAAAGAUAUGUGACAUAUGUAAUGAAACUCUACCGAGCAAAACAUAUUUCAUCAAACAUCAGUUACUAGUUCACAAGCUUGAGUAUGGCUGCAAGAUAUGCUUAAAGCACUAUCAGAAUCAGCAUUUUCUGAACGCACACAUGAAGUUCCAUGUCAAGGAUAAAAAAAGUAACACUAAAAAUGUUUUCAAAUGUACCUACUGUCCUAUGAAGUUCGCCGAUAAAACUUCGGCAAAUCUUCACGUGCUAAAGCAUAAUGUGCACUACAGUUGCAAGCUUUGUGAUAAUAAAUCCUCUAAAGUGAGCGAAUACAUAGAUCAUCAAACACUUGUACAUGGUAUUCACAACAGUAGAUGCCAAUCUUGUUCCAUGAAUUUUCCAAAUCGAGCUACGCAUAUUGUGCACAUUGAGAACACUCAUAAAUUUUUAGACGCGAAUUCCGAAAAUGAUCAUAAUCCAGAUCGAAAAAAUCAACGGAACAGAUGUAGAUAUUGUGCCAAAGAUUUUAAGAACAACAUAUUGCUGAUUGGUCACGAAUUCAGUCACGACGUGAACUUUGUGUGCAGUCUUUGCGAUGCACAAUUCAAAACGCGAAAAGCUUACAUAGAACACCAACAAGUCGAUCAUGCUAUUGAAAUGAGCUGCGGAGGACAAUGUGGUAUUCGUUUUAAUUCGCGUAAGGAAUACUAUACUCAUAUCGAAAAAUAUCAUACUGUUUUGGAUUCUAUAGAUUACUCUCAAUCGGAAGACGAAGACGAAAACACAGAAGAAUCAAGCCAAAUUCCAUCUGAAAAACAACAUGCCUCUGAAGAGGUGGACUGCUCGAUCGAUAAUGAAUCAUGUACGGUUGUCCGCAAUGAACCCGCGAAAUGUUACGUAUGUGUCGAAGACUUUCGGGAUGUCCUGCUCUACGAAGAACACAUUCAAAACAGACAUCUAGAUAAAGAUGGUUACCUUCAGUGUCCCCGGUGUUUGGUGAAGAUUAACUCAAUCACUAACUUUCAGCGACACUUUUUGGUUCACUUGAAACCUUCGGAUUCCCAUAUAUGUGAUAUAUGCAGCGCCACAUUCACCACAGGAGUUCUUCUCAGUCAACAUCAGACGAAACAACAUCAACAAACUUUAGAAUGCACCAAAUGCUUCCGAAAGUUUGACGAUAUAAAGCUCUUGGCGGAGCACAUGUUGUUUCAUCUUAAACCGGAUGAUAUUCCACCACUCCAUGAAUGUAAACUGUGUAAACAAAAUUUCUCCGAUAUGGUCCAAUUAGAUAUGCAUUUGAAGGAACAUAAACAGCUAAAUGACGUUGACGAGAGUGGCGAACCAACCCAACCCAACUUGCAAGAGAAUUCCCUGGAUUUGAAGGACGAAUCCAGCAGGGAGUCUGAAAACCCAGAAAAUUCACUAGAAAUAUCUUCUCAGGCGAUCACGGUUGAGAAGUGCGUUUCUCCUACAGUCGAAGAUGAGUAUAACACCGAAGACGAUGACAGCGAAGCUGGUCCAUCCAGACUGAAUAAACACGUGACUUGUUAUGCAUGUGUGGUUCAGUUUCCAUCCAAAAAAGCAUACGAUAAGCAUUUGAGGACAGCCCACCGCAAAAUUGAAGGAGCUUUCAGUUGCCCUCGUUGCAAAGCACAGUUCAGCUGGUAUACCAACUUCCAGCUACACGCCAAAUCGCAUCUAAAACCGGCAAAAAGCUUCGAUUGCGAUAUAUGCAGUGAAAAAUUUGUCACUGGACCAGCUUUAAGCACGCACCAGCUGAAAGCACACCAAAUGGCUUACGAAUGUGAUCUAUGCUAUCGGCGUUACAAGUCCCAGAACAUUUUUCAACAGCACAAACUCUUUCACGAAAACAAGGACGAAGGUCGGACGUUCUUUUGUCAGUACUGCAAUACUACACUUCCGGAUAGAGCGGCUAAGUCGUUGCACCUGAAAGAACAUAAUCUCCGUUACAGAUGUGAUUCAUGCGAUGAAAUGUUUUUGGGAGUUCACCAACUUUUGAAACACCAGGAAGAGAACCAUAACGUCAAAUCCAAUUUUUGCAUUUCUUGCGAAAAAGGCUUUCUUCACAAAAAAACUCUGUUGCAUCAUUUAAACGUAAAACAUGUUAUCUUUGAUCCUGUAGUAAUUGAUAAAGUUUCUGAUAUUUUGGAAAACAAAGAACCAUCGCAACCAGCUAAUGAUGAUAGUUCUUCAGAUUUCAUAGGUUUUGCCGAAACUGCUGAAAUAAUUGAUUCAAAAAAUAGGGAUCCAGUCGAGCAAGGCAUUAAUCCCGCUAACAUGGGGGAAUCGCGUCAGCAAAAUGAAGUUCCUCUAUUUGAUCAACCCGAUAUAAAAAGAGCUAAGCUAAGUGAAGAAAAACAAAUAAUUGAGAAUUUGUACGGAAUUAUCGAGGAAGAAGAAGAAGAGGAACAGAUAUAUUCAGGUGAACAAAACAACGACGGACACUUUCCCAUGUUCGAUAUCUACGGAUCGGCGUUCAAAUCAGAUGGUUCAUUGAAAAUAGAUUAAAAUUUGUUUUUGAUUUAAGGCUACCGAUGUAAAAUAUUUAAUAAAUUGGGAUUUAAUUUAUAUCUUUAAAUCUAAUUACUAAA